CUCUUCGCUGAACAUAAAAGAGAGGAAAUUGAAAAAGCCUUUCUCACGCCUCUCAGUCUCUCUCGAUGGAAGAACCACACACACGCUCACACACAUUCACGCAGAGGAAGCUGUGAUCGAAGAAAGAGAGCUGGAGAUUUCUACAGAAAUGGGGAAGUAUAUGAGGAAAUGCAAAGGGAUUGGUGAGACAGUGAUGGAGGUGGCGCAGGUUGGUGUGACUACGAGAGCUAGAAGUAGUAGUCUAGCCAUGGAGGCAGAAGGCACAGAAGGGACUGCAACAAGCACAGGCGCAACGAAGAGAAGGAAGGUCGUUUCUGCAGAAUUACAAUUCUCUCCCUCUUGUGUUCAGCUAAGCAGUCCUCUCCCCGUGAUCACACCGGAGAGGUCGGUUUCACCGGCGAAUUCGGAGAAUUCCGAUCAAGUUAUCACUGAAGAACGAUGCUCAAGCCCUAACUCUGAUCAUGUCCAGGUGUCUCAGUGCUCGAGCAACGGAUCCACCGAGCUUGUGAAGGAGAGCUUGAGAUCCGUAGAUCUAGAGGAUGAGGAUGAGUGCUUCCAUAUUGAGAACCUGACGAAGUAUUCCGACUGCCGACAAAGUAGAGAAACGACUCCAUCAAGUGAACUUCGUGCAGAAUCAGGAGAUCUGGAGUCCACAGCGAGGCCAUCAGCUGUGGCGAAUUCUCGCUACAGAUCGACGGAUGUGAGAAUGCCAACUGAGACAGAGCUUGAUGAGUUCUUCUCAGCCGCAGAGAAGAAGGAGCAGAAGCGUUUUGCUGACAAGUACAAUUUCGAUAUCAUGAAGGACGUUCCAUUGGAGGGUCGUUACGAGUGGGUUCGAGUAAAACCAUGAACAGAAAAAGAAGAAAAAAAAGAGAAGAAAAAGUAUUUGGCAACAACAAGAGAAGAACAAUUAAAGGUUUUUUUUAGUUGGAAGUAAUAUUUGUAAGGGCUUUUUUCUAUUUCAUAUAUUAUUAGUAAUAAAUUUUAUUUUUCUUCGUUUC